AUGCAAGACCGCUUAGUCGACUCCACGUUAAUAGAUUUUGUCAACGACAUGAACCUGAUGGAGUUUCCGCAAAAGUGCACUUUGGGAGCUAAACAGCAGGUGGAUAAUGACUCAUCCAGCCCGCGGCUGAGCGAUUCGCCCUGGAGCGACUUGGAAAACGACGUGCGCACUGUGGAUAUCUGUGCCGUCAUGGGCGCGCCGAAGUACUACAGCCGCGGAGCGCACGGGCAUCACAGCAAGUCCAAACGGAGGAGGAUCAUCUCCGUGGUCCAGCGGCAGGCGGCCAAUGUGCGGGAAAGGAAGCGGAUGUUUAGCCUGAACGAGGCGUUUGAUGAACUGAGGAGGAAAGUUCCUACAUUCGCCUACGAGAAGAGACUGUCCCGUAUCGACACUCUCCGUCUGGCCAUCGUCUACAUCUCCUUCAUGACGGACCUGCUGGAGAACACCUGAGUCAGAUUAGUCCAAUGUGAACUUUAUUCCUUGGAGAUUGUAUUGCGUUUAUUAAUCACCUGUUCGAACUGAUGAACUGUUCAAAAUUUACAUUCAUGUCAUCUUUACCCAAACUGUGAUGUGGGUCAAUUUCUGAAAUCAAGAAAACCAACACAUAUUUGAAACUAUACAGACGUUUUCUUGACAACGUUUUCAAAUAUUCCUAUCACACAGAAAAGUAAAGCAAUUACAUCAGAAUAUUAUUUUGCCAACGACAUACAUUAUUAGACGUCACCUAAACAAGCCGAGAGCACCUCCUCUAAAUAUUUGACUUAAUAUAUGUUGUGCCUUAAAAUAAA